GCUAGACUGCAGUCAUGUGACCGGCCGGAGUCUCAGGCUCCUCCGCCAGCCGGUGCCGCGUACACCAACGAACCACCAGAGACUACAUAUCCCAGAAUGCCACUGGACCCGGGUCAGGCGUGCCCGCCCUUCCGCCCUAAGGGAGAGGAAUACACAUCCCAGCAUGCUGUGCGCUUCCCAAGGCGGCUCGCGGGACUGGGGAUGCGAGGCCUGUGCGGAAGUGGGUUCACCACCCUCGGCAGCUGGAAGGAGAGCGGAGGCGCCUUCUCGUUUUCCGUGGGGGUGUCCCCUCGGACGGUGCCGGAUGGAGGGGAGCUGACCCAGGUCCGCGGUCGCUCUUGGAUUCCCUGUCCACCCACUUCCCGGUCACGAAGGGAUGGGACCAAAAGGGUCUUGACAACCUGGUUUUAGGUUUACACAAGGACCAGAUGAUUUACAUCAGAAUUUAAUACUGAGAAAUUUUCUCUAAAACUGCACUCGGAAUUCUUUUUUUUACUUUACGCUCUUCUCUGAGCAGCAGCUUUUUUAAGUAAAUCAUCAGGAUUACCUUUUCCUGGAUGAACUUCAAAUUUCCUGAGUGAAUGACAGGAAAAUGUUCAAUGGGAAGGCCAAACACCGGCAGUACUCGAGUCCAGAAAACAAAGAACAGAGAGAAAACACAACUUCACCAGAAUCAACAUCGUCCGUAUUUCUAAUCAAAUAACGGAGAAACAAUUACAAAUCCUGAUGCAGUUAAAGGACCCUGCAGAGUGGCCUGACCUAGCCUGCGCUGUGUCUGACUCGGUUCUGACUUUAAGCAAGUCCUUUCAAUGGGGAAAAUGGCAAAGAUGUUCAGUUUCAUCCUUGUUACCACUGCUCUGGUAACUGGCAAGGCAAGCUGGGAGAUCAUGACAUUGGCUGCAAAUAGAGAAGUCAAGGCUCUUGAGAACUGUCUCCAGGAGCAGGCGCGUCUCAGAGCCCAGGUGCACCUGCUUGAGACCCGGGUCAAACAACAACAGGUCAAGAUUGCGCAGCUUUUGCACGAGAACGAAAUCCAGUUCCUGGAUGAAGGAGAGGAGAGCAGUGUCAUUGACCUUGGAGGCAAGAGGCAAUAUGCAGAUUGUUCAGAAAUUUUCAAUGAUGGUUCUAAGCUCAGUGGAUUUUACAAAAUCAAACCUCUCCAGAGCCCAGCAGAAUUCUCUGUUUACUGUGACAUGUCUGAUGGAGGAGGAUGGACUGUGAUUCAGAGACGAUCUGAUGGCAGUGAGACCUUUAACAGAGACUGGAAUGACUACGAAAAUGGCUUUGGAAAUUUUGUCCAAAAAAAUGGUGAAUAUUGGCUGGGUAAUAAAAAUCUUCACUUAUUAACCACACAAGGAGACUACACUUUAAAAAUCGACCUUGCAGAUUUUGAAAGAAAUAGCCGUUAUGCCCAAUACAAAAAUUUCAAAGUUGGAGAUGAAAAGAAUUCCUAUGAGUUGAAUAUCGGGGAAUAUUCCGGAACAGCAGGAGACGCGCUUGCAGUGAGAUUUCAUCCUGAGGUGCAAUGGUGGGGUAGUCACCAAAGAAUGAAAUUCAGCACAUGGGACAGAGAUCAUGACAACUACGAAGGCAACUGUGCAGAGGAAGAUCAGUCCGGCUGGUGGUUUAACAGGUGUCACUCUGCAAACCUGAAUGGCUUGUACUACCUGGGCCCCUAUAGCAAUAAAACGGACAAUGGGGUUGUCUGGCACACCUGGCAUGGAUGGUGGUAUUCUUUGAAAUCCGUGGUUAUGAAAAUUAGGCCAAAUGACUUUAUUUCAAAUAUUGUUUAAUCGCUCCCCCUGGGGUUUUACUUCUGCAAUCAUGUUGGUUUAAAGUGAAUUGAAAAAUAACAAUUCUGAACUUAUACACGUAUGAUGAUGGUCAUUGUUGUGUACUACUUUUCAUUCUUACUUGUCUUUGUUACUUAAUGUACAGAAAUUUUAUGUAAUAUUCACCAAAUAAAUGUAGAUUAUGUUAA